AAGCAAUUUUGGAUAACAGAACUAUUAGGAACAAGGUGUUAAUGGCAGUUGUUCAAUUUAUACUUGUUUGUAGUUUCAUAAAGUUUUAGGUUAAGUUUUAGUUGUUUCAUUUGCUUUGAAUUGUAACAGUUUAAAUGGAUGGAUUGAAGCGUUCCCAUGAUUUACAAAAAGUCAGAUAUAAUGGAAAAAUUAAAGAAUGUAGUAAACCUGCAAGCAGUCGUCAUAAAUUGUAUGACUCCACUGUACCUGACGGUGAAAGUAGUCUUGCAAAUUUGCCAAUUGUAAAACAAGCUGAUAAUGCAAAAUUGUUACCUAGAUACACAGCAGUUUUGGGAAGAAAUGUUGAUGAUGGUGUAUCUCGGGAUGCUAAUGAUGGGGUGAAAAUGGAGGACUUAGAUCAAUUACAGCAGGAUUUGGAAAAAUUGCUUUCUACUUCUGCAGUGAGACACAGACUGUUAAAAGCUGAAAUUGAAAAUAUUGACCAGAAAGAAGAACGAAGAGAGAACAAAAAGGGAAAACCAGUAGAUAAGCAGCCACCUCUAAAAAGGAAAAAAAUAGAUGAAAGAGUUAAAUAUAGGGAUGCAAAGAAUGGAAUAAGAUUGUUGAAGCCAAAACAUUAUAAUGUUCCACUUCACAGUAAUAUAGAUAUACAACAUAAGGAAGAAAUACCAAAAGUUACAAUUCCAAAAAAUGAUACCUCAGAUAAAUUUUGGCUGUCAAUUGAGCCAUAUUGUGCAGAUGUCACCAAGGAUGAUUUAGUUUUUAUUGAUGAAUUAAUAAAAGAAUGUUCACAAGAAAUAGAGGUAAAAAUUCCAGAAAUAGGUGACCAUUAUACUUUAGACUGGUUAGAAGAAAUGAUAAAUCAAGAACAAAGUUUGGGCAGUGGAACAAGAAACACUAAAAACAAAACUCUGACACUGAACCAUGAAUUAAAAAAGAAUGGGCUUAAUGCAAUGGUAGAAACAUUUUCUAGUCCAUUUACUCAACGUUUACUUGCUGCUUUAAUAGAAGAAAAGGUAAUAACAAAACUCCCUACACCUAAUGAUAAAAAUAAAGUUGUACAAGACACAAGUUCAAGUAUAAAUUCAAAUAAUAAAUCGCCAAAUGUCCCAGGUGCUUGCUUGGAAAGCAACAAUAAAAUAAAAAGGGAAGAAAAGGACUUUUUUAAGUUGCAUUAUCAAAAUCUUUCUACUGAAGAUGACAUCCUUCAAGAAAUAAAAAAAUGCCAGCAAGAAUUGGAAACAGUUAAUGCACAUAAUGUUACUGAACUUAAGAAACUGAAGGCAAUUGUAGAAAAAGAUUUGAAAAGACAAGAAGUGAAAGCUGAAUUAGAUCACGUGGAUAGUCAAGUCUUGGAAAUGUAUAAUAGAAUACUAAUGGCUAAGCAGAAACAACUUGCAGCUAAUGAAGAAGAAAGCUUUGAUAAAACAUUGUAUCAUAAACAUUAUACUAAAGAGUUUGAAAAUGAGGCAAACAAUAUUAUUAAAAAGCAAGUGUCUCUUAUUCGGGAAUUAACUGAAUUAUCUAAUAAUACACAUCUGUAUUAAUUUAUCAUGGAAAAAGGACACUUGUUACCAGUUGAAAUAAGAUUUUGAUUUUUUUCUUGAAAUUUACACUUUUACAAAAUUUUCUUAUGGAUAUUUUUCAGCAUGAUAUUUGAUUUGUGCAUAAGUAUGGGACUUGUUUUUUUUUUUUUAAUUUUACAUUUAUAUUUUACCAAGCAAUGUAUUCAUUAUUAAAUUAUUUAGGCAAAUUUUGGUCUACUUUUACAAAUUUACAAGCACUUGUUCAAAUUUCAUUUGAUUCAUCAGUAAAUGGUAUUACAA